AUAUUAGAAUAAUCCAUGCCAUAUGUAUUGGCGCGCGCAUGACGUUUAUAACCGUUUUGAAAUCUUUUCUUGACAAUAACUCAUCAAUGAAAAAUAAAUAAAUAAAUUGCAUGCAAUUACACGUUUCUCGAUCUGUAUAUUUAGUUUCGUCGAUCGAUAAUUUUUCAAUUCUUCAUAAAAUGAAUCGCGUAGAAAAUGUCAGGUCCAGUGGUAUAAUGUAUACACCGCGAACACCGCAAAUGCGAGAACGACAACGAUUUAAUUUAACUAUUAGACCAGAUAACGAAGAGGACGAUGUUUCAGGACUGGAAGAUUUAGUAGGCCAAACAUGGAAUGUUUACGCUGUAUCUGCUUUAUUUGGUUUUCAACAGGAUGAUAUCCAUUUUAAAUUAUAUUCAAAAAGACUAAGAGAAGAAAUUGCAAGUACUUUAUCACAUGAAGAUGUAACUUACGAUGCAAAGUUUUCUAUUAUGGAAAAUGUUGUGCUUAAACCAAAUCAUGAAAAUCAUCCAGCAAUUAAGAUUGAAGUUCUAGCUAAAAAUAAUGAUACUGAGAAAGAAAAAUCUCUUUAUCAAGGGAUAUUGUUAUCCUGGGAUAUAACACAAUCUGAACAAAGUAAAGAAAAUCUCAUACGAUUACCUCUUCUGUUAUGCCGUGGUACUAGUACUGGUAUAGAUGCAGUACAUGCUACAAUUAUUCGCAUGUUUGAUUGCUCAAUAAUUGUGCUACCAGCCAAAGAGUGUGAUUUAAGCUGGCUUGUUCCUAUUAUAAUUAUGACUAACAAAGAAGAACCUGUAGUUUCUGGUGAAAUUCAAAUGGUAUAUACAGUACCAGAAUUACCAAUUACAGAUACUAUUACAGUUAAAUUUCAAACUGGAGAUUUAAGAAAGAUAUUAUCAGCCAUUAUCACAAAUCAAAAUGAUGAAAAUGUAUUCCUUAAUCGUGAACACAUAGAAAUCUUUUUUGAAGCCUUACAUAAGCAAAUGUUAAUACUGGGAGGUUUGAAAUUAGGAUUAUGUACAUUGCAUAGAAUUAAUCUGCCUGGAAUAACUAUAAUGGAGAACAGAAUGAAGAUAGUGAAUGUAGAAAUUAUGAAUAAUGUAUUAUUAUAUUUAAAUGAAAAAGCUCGUGAUAUAUUUCAUACAGUACAUAUUGAUAUAUGAAUUUCCUAUUUUAUA